AGGGACCUCAGUUAAGAAAAAGGAUAAAUGAGUCAUUUAUUACACAUGAGACAGUUGACAAUCAAAAUGAAACAGUCGAUCAUUUAGUAGUAAACACUGGAGUAAACUUAUAUACAGUGUCUAAACUUGGAACGUUCUAUCUGACCAGUGUGUGGAUGACUAAGUUUAUUCCAUCAGUGUACACAGUAGUAUUCAUUGUGUCACUGCCACUGAAUAUAAUGGCAAUCAUCAUCUUCCUCGUCAAGAUGAAGAUCAGAAAGCCGGCCGUGGUCUAUAUGUUGAACCUGGCAGUUGCUGAUGUAUUGUUUGCUAGUACAUUACCUUUCAAAAUAAUUUAUCAUUUCUCUGGAAACAACUGGAUCUUUGGUUCCGGAAUGUGCCGUUUUGUCACAGCGACCUUUUACUAUAACAUGUACUGCUCCAUUCUGCUCAUUACGGCUAUCAGCGUGGACAGGUUCCUGGGAGUGGUCUUUCCAAUCCAAUCUCUUUCCUGGCGCACCGUGCGUCGUUCCUGGGUGGUCUGCAUUCUAAUCUGGGCGAUUUCAAUAGCUAGUACAGUAUCCGUAUUCAUAACCGAGCAAACAAAAAACAUUGCGGUAUUGAACAUCAUCACCUGUCACGAUGUGGUAGAUUUAAAAAGACAAGACACUUUUUGUUUUCUUUUCUUUUUCAUUCCCUUAAUCUUCACAACCAUGUCUUAUAUUGGAAUCAUUCGCAGCCUCAGAUCCUCAACUAUCGGUAAUGCUUUAAAGAGAAGACAAGCUGUGUUUCUUUCACUUAUCGUGUUUUGCAUUUUUGUGAUGUGUUUUGGGACAACCAAUGUCAUCUUUCUAUCUCACUAUGUGAAUUUACUGAAUGACAUUGUCAAUGACAAUCUGCAUUUUGUCAGUAUCCUGUGUGUCUGUGUUGGCAGUAUUAGCUGUUGUCUUGACCCACUCCUUUAUUACUAUGUGUCCCCAGAAUGUCAGAUGUAUCUGUACAGGUUAUUCUGUGAUAAGGACACCACUAGUAUGAGCAGAACCAAAGCACUCUUACAAAAAUAGCUCCUACUGACACAUCUGAAAUGAUACGCAUAAUCCAUUGCUUGUGAUAAAUCCAGAAAAUUUGU